GUUGCUCGCAAACGUGCGACGGAGGAUAUGCAGGAAUUCUGUGAUCUUUUUCAUGUCACACUUGAGCUCCAGUUUAAGCUCGGAGGUCGUGCCAUCUUGGAAAUGACAUCAAAUGAUGCUACUCGCUGAAGUCUGGGUUGAUCGAUCCACUCUGUGUUCACAAGUCGAAUGUCUGACUUCAAGCGGUGUUCCAGUCAUUAUUUUCAAGUCGGAGGUGGGAAAAUCCAGAGUUUCGAGUUGUCUGGAAUGCAGCAUAAAAACAUGAGUCUGCACAGGGCACCCUCAGCAGCUGCCGAUGAUUUAGUGCCAAAACGAAGAAGCACCUCAAUUAUAUGGCAGUAUUUUGGCUUCAAAACAGAUGACUACAUGCAGACUGAAGUGCUAUGUAAAACAUGUAAAUCACGGGUGGCAGCGCAAAGAGGAAACACUACAAACCUUUACAAUCACCUCAAGUCAAAGCAUAAAAAUUUGUAUCAGAUUUGUUUGGCAGAAAAAUCUUCAAUCACUGGUAGAUCAACCCUCGUUCCUGAACCUAAGCAACAAUCCAUAUCAUCAAGUUUUGAGAGCUCAACACCAUAUCCUGCAGGCUCCCGGCAUCAUAGAGAAAUAACAGAGGCUAUAGAUGUUACCUACAUGGAUCUCCCACCUCAAAAGUUUCCUGGAUGUCUUGAUGCAUCAAACCUUAAGACAAAAAUCGAUAUUUUUUUGCCUUAUUCUGAUCGACGCACAUCAAAAGUGUGGAACCACUACACUCAGUUAAGUUUGCAUCGUGUCGAGUGUAACCAUUGUAAGAGACAGCUUUCCUUUCACAACAGCACCACUUCGAUGAGAGAACACUUAGGACGCAAACAUGGCAUUUGGGAAGGAGCAGCACCAGCUCACAACACAGCAGGAAUUCCCACCCCUACUGCCUUACAUCCUCACAUGAUUCAGACCACUUUACACCAUAGUAGAUUAACAGCAUGCAACAACAUAGGCAAUGUGUUGACAUCUGCAUGUCAGCCAAUGCUACCUGUUACUAUCAAAGAGGAGCAGCAAGCGAUACUGCUACAUGAUAUUGGGGAUAGCAAGCCUGUUCGGACUUCAUGUGCCCCUGGCUUUGCUGAAGGCAAUACAUCUAGUUCUAAUGCCGAUACACAACAAGAUACACAUAUGAGCUGCCAAAUGUAUAAUUUUUCUUCAGGGGAGAUGAACAGCACAGCUGAAAACAGCGGCAACCGCAGUGAGGCAAGAGGCUGCAGUAACAAGCGAGCUGAAGUGUUGACUGAUCUUAUCUUGGAGAUGAUAUUUAGAGAUCUUCAGCCAUUGUCUGUGGUGGAAGAGAGGGGAUUCAGACUCUUACUGGGUUGCUUAGAGCCUAAAUAUUCAGUGCCUUCUCCAUCUCUGCUUGGCAGCCUACUUUGGCAUCGCUACCAUAAUCUCAAACAAUACCUUCAGCAGCAUCUGCAGACUGGAAUAGCCUCUCACUCUUUGUCCCUCUGCACUGAACACUGGCAAUCUGUAGAAGGAUGUGGAGUUGAAGGAGAUGGUCAGUCCUACCUUACAAUCAGUGCACAUUUUGUAGACUCUCAUUGGCGCCUGGCACGUUGUGUGCUUGAGACCCGGCCAAUACCAGAAUUAAAUGGUAACGGAUAUGGAAGAGGGCAUGCUCAUUUUGCAGACACCUUGAGAGCAGUACUGUCUGAGUUCCAACUUCCAGAUCAUUUUGUUUUCUGUGUUGUGCAUGACACCCCCUCUGGAACAGAGUCCAGGGGGCAAGAGAAUAUGGCCAUUGAUCCAGAAUAUCAACUAGAAUUUGCUGGACCCAGCCAUUCUCCUCUUAGUAAUCUUCCAGAGGGUUGGGCACCUCUACUGUGUGCAGGACAAGCCCUGAAACUCUGUGUGCAGGAGGGGCUUUGUGUCGAGACCGUCAGACAAGUUCUUGUGGAUGCUCGAGGCAUUGUCUUGCAUUUCCAGCAUAAUGUGAAUGCUGCUACAUCACUGAGCCAGAAAGCAGAGGCUGUUAACAAAGAAUCAGCAAGUUUAGUCUUGAAUGACCCUGGUCGCUGGACUACUGCCAUUGAGAUGUGUGAGAGUCUACUGGAUCUCAAAUGGGUGAUAAGCUCAGUAUUAGAGGAGCAAAAAGUAGCACCAAACCUGGUAGAUCAUCAGUGGCGUCUUAUACAUGAACUUGUCCCAGUGCUUAAAACUGUCCGCAUUGCAGCAUCGUUUCUUAGUGAGGACAUCAAUGGCCCAAUUUCUGCCCUAAUGCCAUGCCUCCAAGGAGUGUUCCGGCUCCUUGCACAGAAAAUUGCUGAGUGCAGCUGUCCUGUGGUGAGGGGAGUUAUGGAAAGAAUUCGUGCUGGAAUGGACAAACGCUGGAGUCUGAGUGAUGAAGAUGCUCUUCUGGACAGCCCUGCUGUACUGUCCUCAUUUUUGGACCCCCGUUUUAAAGAGUUGCGGUUUCUCAGCCCACAUGCCCGCAGCAAGCUGUAUGACAAGGUGAAAGAGCUUCUCUCAGUUCAAGCAUUCGCAAGCAAAGAAGGAAGGAUCAGAGAGAGGGUACAAAGCAUGGCAAUGGAGGAGACUGUGGAUGAAAGUGGAGAACCUCCAAUUUUUGAGUUCGUUGAGCCCUUGCAAAUGCCUGUGAUGGCUUCUUUGGACUCACCUGAAUCAUGUGGCUCAGCAGAGGAGGGCGAUAGCAUUGAAUUACAACCAUGCAAGCCCUCUGCUUUGUCAUCUCCAGAGCAGGUCAAUGAAAACACACUUGAGAUUGGAUCACCCAUCAGCGGUUGUACCAGAAAAAGACCUUUUAGUGGGACUACCCUGACAUCACCACUGAGAGGAGACUUAGAGCUCAAUGCUCGUAUACGAAUGAGUCCUCUUCCCCAGAGUAUGUAUGACAUUCUUUUGGGGGAGGACCCCACUGAAAGAAUGCCUGAGAUUCACCAGCAGCUGGAAAAUUACAUUGCAGAGCCCCUCUCUAGACGUAGUCUCUCACCGCUGCAAUGGUGGCUCAACAAGGAACACCGGUUUCCUGCAGUGGCUAGACUGGCACGAAAAUAUUUGUCAAUACCUGCUACUGCUGUUUCUGCAGAUCAGGCCUUUGCCCCAAGAGAUUCUACAGUGACCCAAAGAAGGGCCACAUUGGGAUCUAAACACCUUGACCACAUUUUAUUUCUCCAUCGGAACACCGAUUAUGUAGAUCAGCUAAAAGGUGGCACCUCUGGAUGGGAAACUGACCAGAGGAAUGCUGUCGAUGAUACGCAAAGCAGAGACCAUCUUUACCAGACUCUUGUGUCCUAUGAAAGUAAGAUCCAUGUGUCUGAGGAAGAAUUAUGAUCACUGUUUAUGUGCAUAUGGACAAGGUCAUGCUGACAGUUCUGUUUAAUGGGGGUAGACAUUUGCAUUUUAACACAAAAAGGCUUUGUCUCAUGCCACAAAAUAAGCUCCUUUUAAUACAGCUUAUCUGAUGGUUUUAGAAAUGACAAUUGUAGUGAGAUAUAAAUACAAUCAAGCUGCACAGCUGUAUUGUUUUGAAAUAACUAAUGGUGAUUCCUUGUACAAGGAAUUUGUGACACUAUCAUUUCAUAUAGUCUGGUCUCUAAGAGGUCUGAAUAUUUGUAUAAUCAUUGUCUUGUGACUAAUGUAUAUAAUGUUUUACUAAAUCACUGAUUGUGAACUGCCUGUAAUGCAUUACUUAACUGAUAUUAUAUGUUGUGUUACACAGUUGAAUUCUGCAUAUACUGUUACUUCAAUAUUGUCACUUUACAAUGUUGGAAGCAUUACAUGAAAUGUAUUGUCAAGCUUGUGCAUAAAUGUCAACAUUAUCACUUCCUUUUAUGUGUAUGGGGGAUAUUCUGAAUUAGGGCUUGCAAGACUUCACAUUUGUACUUUUCACUGUUAUGUAAUGACUCCCUACAGGCUUGUAUGUAAACACUCCAAAUUAACACAGACCAUCUCUGAUGUCAGCAUAGUCAAUGUAGUUUGCUUACAACAUGCUUUGUGAACACAAAAUGCUCUGUCUGUGUCCACUUUCUUUUGUGUAAUUCCAAAUGUAUUUGACCAUUUCAGUUUACUAAACAAAGGUUUUUACAUGCAUCUACACAGGGACAUAUUUUGUGGGCAGAUAUUUUACAGCUACUGUCUCCAUGUAUAUAGAACAACUGAAGCUGGUGCAGCCUAUUGUGGACUUGGAAAUUAGGUAUUAGAUUACUUUUGGCUAUUUGUAACAGUAGACUUCACAGUGUACC